AUGUUCUCUAGAAAAAGAUUUUGUGAUGAAGAUAGUGAGAAUUGUGCUAUUAAUUUUGCUAAUGAAAGUGACAGUAGUGACGAAAUAUGUAAAUUUCGAAGAAAGUAUAGGCGAAUAAUUGUUGAUGAUACAUCCGAUGACGAUCAACUACCAGAGUCCUGGGUUUGGAACGAAAGAAGAAAUAGUCCAAAAAUCUGGGACUAUACAAUGACUCCUGGCAUAAGCGAGGCAGCCUUAUGUCAAUUAGGAGGAAGUAGAGGAGAAUUUGAUACAUUUAAUCUAACAUUUGAUGAUAUAUUUUGGAACAAUAUUGUGACUGAAACAAAUCAGUAUGCAAAUCAACUACGAGAAAAUCCACAUACAAGACGAAAAAUUGACGAAACCUGGUUUCCUGUAGACUCUACCGAAAUUAAAAGAUAUUUUGCAUUGACGAUAAUAAUGGCACAGAUAAAGAAACCAAGAAUCCAAAUGAAUUGGUCGAAGAGGGCUGUUAUCGAAACACCUAUAUUUAGAAAAUCAAUGCCUUUGAAGAGAUAUCUACAAAUAACAAGGUUCUUGCAUUUUUCAAACAAUAAUCUUGUUGCCAAUACAGAUAAAUUGAAGAAAGUUAGACCUGUGAUUAAUUUUUUGAACCAAAAAUUUAAAGAACUGUAUAUAAUGAGAAAAGACAUUUCUAUUGAUGAAUCUCUUAUGAAAUUCAGGGGGCGUUUAUCUUAUAAGCAAUUCAACCCAUCCAAAAGGGCAAGGUUUGGCGUAAAAUUUUAUAAAUUAUGUGAGUCCGAUUCCGGAUAUUGUUACGAAUUUAAAAUAUAUACCGGCAACGAUAAAAUAAACUGUAAAGAUAGCGCUUCAGAAAGUGUUGUGAAAGAGCUUUCUGAGUCAGUGUUGCACAGGGGUCACACUUUGUACAUAGACAGUUGGUAUUCUUCCCCAAAAUUAUUUAUGAUAUUAUCACAUAAAUACAAAACAAAUGUAAUUGGCACAGUACGUUCCAAUAGGAAGAAUAUGCCAAAAGAUUUGUGCAGUGUAAAAUUAAAAAGGGGGGAGUACGUAAUAAGAAGCUGCAACCGAGUACUCGCACUGAAAUGGAGAGACAAGCGAGAUGUUUAUAUGAUGUCGACAAAACAUGAAACAGCCGAAAUGACUUCGCAAGGAUCCAAACGCACUCUAAAGCCAAACUGUAUUACAGAGUACAACAAGGGAAUGAAUGGAAUUGAUCUCCAAGAUCAAAUAUUAGCAUGUUUUCCAAUAAUGAGGAAAUACAUGAAAGGAUACAAAAAAAUUUUUUUUUAUCUCUUUGAUAUUGGCCUGUUUAAUUCUUACAUCUUAUGGAAAAAACUGAAUGAUGGAAAGAAACAAUGUUAUGUCGAUUAUAAGAUCAACAUAGCCGAAUCUCUACUGAAGAAAAUGCCAAAACCGAUUUAUAAAGAACGAGGCGUAUUAUCUUCCGGAGAUGCGCCAGACAGACUUUGCGCGAAGGAAUGGGCUCAUUUUCCAAAGCACAUUGAUCCAACACCCUCUAAAUUAAGACCGUCAAAACGUUGUACAGUUUGUCACAAAAAUAAAAAACGGAAAGAAACAACGUGGGAGUGUAAAAAGUGUAAAGUUCCGUUACAUGUACCAGAAUGCUUCGAAAGAUAUCAUACCGUUACAGAUUACUAA